AUGUGUUACGAAUGGACUCACUUCGUCGAUCUUGGAGGUGAAGACUUCGAUAACAGGAUGGUUAAUCACUUUGUUCAGGAAUUCAAGAGAAAGAACAAGAAGGACAUCACAAGGAGCCCUAGGGCUCUUAGAAGGUUGAGAACAUCAUGUGAGAGGGCAAAAAGGACUCUUUCAUCCACCGCUCAGACCACAAUUGAGAUUGACUCUCUUAUUGAGGAUAUUGAUUUCUACUCCACCAUUACACGUGCCAGAUUUGAAGAGUUGAACAUGAGUCUUUUUAGGAAGUGUAUGGAACCAGUUGAGAAGUGUUUGAGAGAUGCCAGGAUGGACAAGAACACUGUUUAUGAUGUCGUCCUUGUUGGUGGCUCCACUAGAAUUCCCAAGGUUCAGCAACUGUUGCAGGACUUCUUCAAUGAUAAGGAACUCUACAAGAGCAUCAAUCUUGAUGAAGUCGUUGCCUAUGGUGCUGCUUUGCAAGAUGCUAUUUUGAGUGGCGAGGGUAACGAGAAGGUCCUAGACAAACGCCGUUGCUGCUCUACUUCGCCGGUGAAAACAAAGAUCGUCCCUGCUUCAUCGGACUCUCACCGAAACAGCCGACAACGAGAGAAGGGAGGCCAGAAACAGGGUCGCCGGUGCUGUCUCUCGCUGUCGGAAGACCACUACACGUCCCGUCGUCAUCGAAGCCUUCUAGCACCGCGCACCACAGCCUCACGCUGGUACCCUUCGCCGAAAAAGGAAACCCAUGUCGGAGGAGCUCGCCGGCCUACACUGCUUCACUGA